GAUGUUAGUCACCGCACAUGCGCACUGACGUGGUUGAAGCCGUCCCAACAUGGCGCUGACAAAGACCGUGUACAACCUCCUCUUCAGGAGGACGUCCACUUUCGCCGUGACCAUCAUAGUCGGAGCCGUCUUGUUUGAGCGGAUAUUCGACCAAGGCGGCGACGCUAUUUUUGAGCAAAUGAACCGCGGGAAACUAUGGAAACACAUCAAGCACAACUACGAGAAGGACGAAGAGUGAUGAAGGGACGCGUGUCGGGAGUCCAGGGUGGAUGAAGAGUAAACAACAACAACAACCAUGGACUGGAGAGUAAACAACAACAUCAACAACCAUGGACUGGAGAGUAAACAACAACAUCAACAACCAUGGACUGGAGAGUAAAGAACAACAUCAACAACCAUGGACUGAAGAGUAAACAACAACAACCAUGGACUAAAUGUGCUGCAGGUGUGCCCAACAUCUUGACCAGACCACCGGAAGUUGGAGCAAAGGACCCCCUCUCACCACCAUCCCUUUCCCUCUCGAUCGUUAAUGCCUUUAUUGUCAUCGUCCCAUGUUGUACAUGGUUAAAUUAAACGUGUUCAUGCUUGUUGUGUUUGCUGCCAGUGAUAUUUACCCCAAUAAAAGCAAAAACAAGCACUUUAAAA